CACCCGUUCACCUGUCCUCCAUCCACCCCGACCGAUCCCGAAUUGAAUUCCAAAUCAAUCCGACCGGUGGUUGGCCCGCCGCUGCCAGAUCGAUUCGGACUCCCGUCCGUGCAGCCCCCACCGCCAAGACGGCUUUCUUCUUUCCCCCGUUCCUUUCCCCUCUGCGUCAUCGCUAGUCGCGACUCUGCCCUCGCGCGCGGCAACAGAGGGCCGGCGGCGGCGCAGAUCCCGGCGGUCCCUUCUCCGGCCGACCCCUCUCGGCGCAGGUCCCGGCGGUCACUCCAGGUCGCCACCCCUCUGCAGACGCCCGGCCGCCUGCCUCCUGUCCGCCUCUUCUCCAGACGCCCUGCUCCAGGCGCAGUUCCCGGCGGUGACUCGCAGACGCCCUGCUCCAGGCGCCCUGCACCACGACGCCUCCCCGCAGCCUCCUCUACUGGCGCCAACAGCAGUAGCCAGUUGAGCACCAUUCUUGCCACACCAUCUCGGCGUCUCGUUCCUCCUCGCUGCGGCUCCGGCGAUGGCGGGUGUCGGCUCGGCGCUGCGGCGGCUCUACCUAUCGGUCUACAACUGGGUUGUCUUCGUCGGAUGGGCGCAGGUGCUUUAUUACGCCGUCCUGGUGCUGCGGAAGAGCGGGCACGAGGCCGUCUACGCCGCCGUCGAGCGGCCGCUGCAGUUCGCGCAGACGGCCGCAAUCAUGGAGAUUCUGCACGGACUUGUAGGGUUGGUGAGGUCUCCGGUGUCUGCUACUCUUCCACAAAUUGGAUCCAGGUUGUUCCUUACAUGGGGCAUCUUGUGGAGUUUUCCUGAGACCCGAGCCCACAUUCUUGUUACCACCCUGGUCAUAAGCUGGUCGAUCACAGAGAUCAUUAGAUACUCUUUUUUUGGGAUGAAGGAGGCACUUGGAUUUACACCUUCAUGGCUCCUAUGGCUGAGGUAUAGCACCUUUAUGGUGUUGUAUCCUACUGGUAUCUCGAGCGAGGUUGGCCUGAUUUGGAUUGCCUUGCCAUACAUAAAGGCAUCGGAGAAAUAUUGCUUUAGAUUGCCGAACAGAUGGAAUUUCUCGUAUGAUUACUACUUUACAUCCAUUCUUGCCCUCAUGAUCUAUAUUCCAGGAAGCCCGCACAUGUUCACCUACAUGCUCUCUCAGCGCAAGAAAGCUCUAUCGAAGGCUAAAACUGCGUAAUGCUGCUAAGAGCUUGGUAACCGAAUGCAUUGCGUGAUGUCGCAAUGUGCCUCAACUCUUUCAGUAGAAGUUAGUGAUUGGGGAUUGUUAGAAUAGAACUAUUCUCAUGAAUUGUUCGAUCAAUACAUGUUGUACCAAGGAAUGUAUCAGGUGCUGCAUGUUUGAACUAUUGUUGUUUCGAAAUUGGCCAUAAUUCACAGGUUGAAUUUCCAUGUUGAUUUGAUGCCUUUGUUAAUCCCUCAUGCAUCUGAUACAAAUGUCGGUUGUUGUUGUACUUGAAAUGCCAUGUUGAUUCGAUGCCUUC